AGAUCAUUUGCAAGACAUCCGCAAAGAACUCAAAGAAUACUAUCGUAAGAGGUAAUCUUUCUCGUACUUUUUGUGAAGUAAAGAAUCCAUUGAAAUUAUAUAUAAGACCCUCUUGAAAUUUGAAUCUUACAAUGGACAACGUGCAUGUUAGACUAAAUUUGAAUCUAAGUAAGGAGAAAGGAAUCAAACACCACAGUUAAAAAGAACAAUUAAUGAAAUUAGUAAAAUUGCAAAAUGUGCUUGCGAAAUGUUGUAAAGCUUGGAAAAUAUAGUCUUGUAAAUUUGCAAAUUUUGUAUAUGUUUGUGUUACGUGCGGAAAUUGUUACCAUUCUCGGCUCAAAAAAUGGUAACAUUUUCCGCACGCAAUACAAACAUAUACAAAAUUUGCAAACUUUGCAAGACUAUAAUUUCCGCAUCAAUUUUGCACCAUUUCGUAACCAAAUUUACCAAUUUUGCUAAUUUUAAUAAGUUCUUUAAGGGAAUUUAUUUUUUUUGCCUAGAUCAAAAAUUAGUCUGACAUGCAAGUUGUCCAUUUAAUAUUAAAGACAAUGCAUUAAUGGUUCCAAUACAUAGAUAGUCGGAUUUUGUAUGGAGUUUUCCCUUCGUAAAUGAAAAAAGAAAAAACACUGUUUAAUAUGUUGCUAAAUUAUAUAUGCAAAAGGAGAACGAAAUAAUUUUAAUAUUUAUCCAGCAUCAAAACUACAAUUAUUUACAAUUUUUCUGUGUUGGUGUAAUGUACUCGGAUGAAUAUGAUGUUUGUGAUGUUACUCUGAGUGUGUAUCCACACCGGGCAGGCUUGAAAAAUAUGCUCGGCCACGGUGGGAAUCGAACCUACGACUCGAUUCCCACCGUGGCCUGGCAUAUUUUUCAAGCUUGCCCGCGGUGUGGAUACACACUCAGAGUAACAUCACAAACAUCAUAUUCACCUGAGUAGUAGUACACAACACCAACACAGAAAAAAUCAUAAUUACUAGAUUGCAUCGAUAUCGAAGGAACUAGACUCAGUUCCCAUAUGUCACAUACUCGAACCGACCUGACCGCGUAGCUCAGUUGGCAGAGCAUUGGGCUAGUAUUCCAAAGGUCGUAGGUUCUAUUCCCACCGGGGCCAGGCAUAUUUUUCAAGCUUGCCCGGUGUGGAUAUACACUCAGAGUAACAUCACAAACAAUGAACAUCAUUAUUUACAAUAUUGUCAAUAUUUAAACCGUAUAAAAAUAUACAAAUAUAUACAUGCACUGUACAACAAUGAUGAAACGAAUAACUAAUUUAUAAUUCAUAAAUAGUUAAUUCGUAUAGGUAAUAGUAUGGAUUGUAUGGUUUCUAGUGCAAUUUGGAAAACACAUGCACGAGUGAGUUUUUCCAAAGGCGAUUAAGUGUUUGAAAACUUUGAAAAGUAAUUUUUACACCCGUUUUCAAAAUUACGCGACCAAGGACGAAAAUGCUAGAGUUGACAUGUCAGUUUUAUGUCAUUCGGUCACGAAGUUUAAACUUCGAGUUUGCGGUUCCUUGUCGAUGUAUAUGCUUUAUAUGCUUUAUAUAAAGAUGCUUACAAUGAUUUUCAAGAUAUUUUAGUGAGAAUUAUUGCAAAAUUUAAGCACAAACAAAAUCAUAACAUAUCGUUAUAGUCUAGCGCGCGUGUUUUAUACGGACAGCUAAAUUCCAGGAUAAAUUGUUAUUUUUCAAACUUUAAAAGUUAUUCUCGGCACAUAUUUCUGUUGUGAUGGUUUGUAUAGUGCUUUAGUUUGUAUAUCUAAGUUAUCUAGCUCAUUUUUGUUCAGUUUUGGUAUUAAAUACGAUUUAAAAUGUCUUUUGCCAGUUUGUUUACGUUUGCUAUUUUUAGCAGUUUUUGUGACAUAAAACUGACAUUUGAAGUAAGAGUAUUUUUCAGGGAGGUCGCGUAAUUUUGAAAAUGGGUGUAAAAUAAACGUUGUCUAAGCAGAGAAAAUCAAAGCUAAAUUUUAUGUAAAUGAACUUGAUUUUUUAUCACAUAUAAAACCACGGACUCGGCAGUGAUUUCCUUUCUCUUUUCCUUAUGAAUUAUUAAUGAGUUUUUAAGAAUCGACUCGUUCUUCCCCGUUACUUUUUAGCACAUUACAACAAGAUCGUUCCGAUGGUCAUAUUUUAUUGGACACAUCCAAUCACCCAAGUGCCACACCUGGUAAGAAAAUAUGAAAUCACUUUUUAAUAGUUCUACUUAUGCGCACAUUUUGAAUUUAGAAUUAGAUGUACAUGCACUGUACACACGAGAAAACGCCCAAAUUGUUACAAGUCUGCAAACAAGUUGUUACAAAUCUGUUCACAAGCUGUCAACAAGUUGUGUUCGCACUGCUUUGUUACCAGUUGUUGUAAUAAGUUUGGAGCAGGCUGUUAACAACUCGUAACAAGCUUGAUGGCCUUAUCAGACUUGUUACAAGGUUGGUCUAACAAGUCUGAUACAGUCAUGAUAUAACAAGAAUGUUACAAGGUUGACGACACAAGAUUAUAACAAUAUUGGUAUAUCAUGACUGUAUCUGACUUGUUGGAACAACCUUGUAACAAAGUCUGAUAAUAUCAACAUGCAACGUUGUCAUAAGUUGUUAACAGCUUGUUGCCUUGUUCCAAACUUGUUGACAACUUGGGACAAGCAGUGCGAACACAACUUGUUGCCGGCUUCUUAGCAGACUUGCUACAAGAUGUGAGAUUUUUGCGCGUGUAGCUCUUAUACACGUGAACUGUAACAAGUUGUUACAGGUCUGCACGUCUAAAUCCGUUCACAAGUUGCCGAUAAGUUGUUUUCACACUGCUUGUUCCCAGUUGUUGCAACAAGGUUGGAAAAGUUGUUACUAACUUGUAGCAAGCUUGUUAUAUCGUGACUGCAUCGAACUUGUUGGAACAACCUUACAACAAGUUUGAUAAUAUCAACAAGUUUGGAACAACCUGUUAACAACUUGUAACAAACUUGAUGGCAUUAUCAAACUUGUACAAGGUUGUUCUAACAAGUCUGAUACGGUUAUGAUAUAACAAGAAUGUAACAAUAUUGACGGCACAAGCUUGUAACAAUAUUGUUAUAUCAUGACUGUAUCAGACUUGUUGGAACAACCUUGCUACAAGUUUGAUAAUAUCAACAAAGUUGUUAGAACCUGUUAACAACUUGUAACAAGCUUGAUGGUAUUAUCAGACUUGUUGCAAGGUUGUUCUAACAAGUCUUAUACAGUCAUGACAUAACAAGAAUGUUACAAGGUUGAUGACGCAAGGUUGUAAGAAUAUUGUUAUGUCAUGACUGUGUCGGACUUGUUGGAACGACCUUCCAACAAGUUUGACAAUAUCAACAAGUUUGGAACAAGCUGUUAACAACUUGUAACAAGCUUGAUGGCAUUAUCUGACAUGUACAGGGUUGUUCUAACAAGUGCGAUUCGGUUAAGAUAUAACAAGGAUGUUACAAGGUUGCAUGAUGACACAAAGUUUUAACAAUAUUGUUAUAUCAAGACUGUAUCGGACUUGUUGGAAUAACCUUGCUACAAGUUGGAUAAUAUCAACAAGUUUGCAACAAGUCAAGUCAAUUUAUUAACCACAAUUUAGAAACUUUACAAUCGAAAAAACAAACAAACAAAGAACACAACAACAAAAACAUUAAAGUAUAUAAAUAGUGGCAAGGUAGCCCAAAGAGAAACCAGAAGGCUUAUAUGAUUUGGGCUCCUUAUACAUGAGUUUGAUAGAUCUGAAGGCAGCUUAGUUUGGUAAUGGUAAUGGUUUAUUAUCACAUUUAGUAGUAGUUACGCUAAUUUACAAUGUGUUUACAAAUUUGGGUAUAAAAAAGGUAUAUAUUCUAUAUAUUUACAUGUCAUUCAUUAAAAUUAAAGUUUUACUAAUCUAUAUCUAUUUACAAUAUGUAUAAAAACUACUAAUGUAUACCUAUUUGUACAUUAUCUGAUAAAAUUUUAAAAAUGAUGAUCCUAACCAACUAGUCUAGAAUUAUUUAAGUAUAUACAGUAAACUAAAGGACUGUGUUUAAAACGUUCGGUUUUAGAGGGGAAAUUAUAUAGCUUCUGACUGUCAGUUCUUGUUUCUUUUUGCUUAAUGUAUUUUAGUUUCUUUGGUAAGAGGCUAUGAAGUUUAUGCUUUGGUUCCAGCAUUUUUUUAAUUAGAGAUACACAUAAUUCGUCCCUACGUUCUUCCAAAGUUUGUAAUUUUGUCUCAGUUAUUGCUUGGUCGUAGUCUAGGUUUGGGUAAUUAUUCUAAGUACUCGUUUUUGAAUUCGUUCAAUGCUCUUUUUCUGCCCUUGGGUUAGACCUCCGUUCCAAAUCUCUGCACCAUAUUCUAAAAUAGGACGAAUUACUGAACAGUAAAAUGCUAACAAAUCAUCCAUGGGGCACCAUAACUCUUCAAGAUCUUUAAUAAAUACAGACGCUUGGCCGCUUUCUUUGUAAUAUAUUCCGUAUUAGUUUUCCAUUUAAGAUCGAUUCAUAAUACAUUAUUAACAAUUAAUUACAAUAUUCAUUUAGUUGUUACAAAAUCUAACAAAUGGAGGAGUUAUUAAUUAGAAAUUGUCAAAUUAAGAAUAAAAAAAGAUAGAUAGAUUGAUAGCUAUCAAUAAAAUACUCAAUAAGAAUACAAAACUUAAACAGAUUAUUAGUAUAAGUAUUAACUGAAAAACUGUUCAAUUAAAGAGAAAACAGAUAAUUCUUCAAUUUAGAUUGAAAACAAUAAACAGAUGAUGCAUCACGGAUAUUCUGACUGUUAACAACUUGUAACAAGCUUAAUGCCAUUAUCAAACUUGUACAAGGUUGUUUUAACAAGUCUGGUACGGUGAUGAUAUAACAAGAAUGUUACAAGGUUGACGGCACAAGGUUGUAACAAUAUUGUAAUAUCGUCAUUGUAUCGGACUUGUUGGAGCAACCUUGCAACAAGUUUGACAAGAUCAACAAGUUUGAAACAGGCUGUUAACUUGUAACAAGCUUGAUGGCAUCAUCAUACUUGCGCAAGGUUGUUCUAACAAGUCUGAUAUGGUGAUGAUAUAACAAGAAUGUUACAAGGUUGACGGCACAAGGUUGUAACAAUAUUGUAAUAUCAUGACUGUAGGAGACUUGUUGCAACAAUCUUGUUUCAUUUAUUUCUUGUUUCAUUUAUUUCCCAAUCUUGUUUCAAGUUUGAUGAUAUCAACAAGGUUGUUAGAAGCUGUUAACAAGUUGUAACAAGCUUGAUGGCAUUAUCAGACUUCUUACAAGGUUGUUCUAACAAGUCUUAUACAGUCAUGAUAUAACAAGAAUGUAACAAUGUAGGCGACACAAGGUUGUAACAACAUUGUUAUAUCACCGUAUCGGACCUGUUGGCACAACCUUUCUACAAGUUUGAUAAUAAGUUUGGGACAAGUUUGAUAAUAAGUUUGGGACAAGCUGUUAACAACUUGUAACAAGCUUGAUGGCAUUAACCGACUUGUACACACGCAAAAAUCUCACAUCUUGUAGCAAGUCUGCCAACAAGCUGUUAACAGGUUGUGUUCAUACUGCUUGUCCCAAGUUGUCACGAAGUUUGGAACAAGCUGUUAACAACUUGUAACAACCUUGUUUAUAUUAUCAGACUUGUUGCAAGGUUGUUUCAACAAGUCCGAUGCAGUCGUGAUAUAACAAUAUUGUUACAACCUUGUGUCGUCAACUUUGUAACAUCCUUGUUAUGUCAUGACUGUAUCAGAGGAGGUGCGUUCAAUCUCGAACCCACCUGCUGACGUAUGUCUAGGAGGUGGGUUCGAGAUUGAUGUUUCCGCGGCGGCCAUUAUGAAGCGAUUUGAACAAAUUUCAGACGAAGAUUUAAAUAAAAAAUAAAUUAACUGUUUUUAAUUGUAUUAUAAUUAUUAUAUUUUUUAUUUUGUUUGAUGAAAAUGGAAUAUUCUGUAUUCAAAGUGGAAGAGAAGAAAGAUGGCCGCCGAAAUUUGUUCGGCACGGGCAGGUUUACAUAAAUCUUGGCAUUGUUUUCGCAGAAUGUGUUCAUUUUCUCUUUUCAAGAAUAAGGGAAUAUUGUGGAGAAUUUUUUAGCUUUAAUAUAAGCCUAAGUUUGUUUGUUUGCGUACUAUGUUGGCGGCUAAAAUGUUCGUUAUCCAAACACGAAAUUACUGUAUACUAAAAAGUAAAAUGCGUAUAAAAUUCUUCAGUACUUUUUAGUAUUUUACCGAAAUGGCAUGUGAUAAAAACCAAACAUACUUGCAGGUUCGGUGAGUCCGAGAUUGGACGCACCUCGGGUGGCUGGAAGUUUCCGAACUCACCUCGCUUCGCUCGUGUAAAGUAAAUGAAUUAGUUUAAUUUAAUUAAACUCAUUUACAGCAGAAACAUGUGAAAAAAAAUUUUAUAUUGAACGUGAUUGCUUUCACAGACAUCCACUAACAAAAGCCUAACACUAAUUCUUUAAUGUUUCUAGUUCGAAUUGGUAAAAUUCCAAUUGCAGGAAAGAAACUUUUCCCAUCAUCCAUCAGACGAAUUGGCUGUAUGUCACGCGAUGUUGGAAAAUCGACUGAAGAUUUUUGUCAGGAAAAUGAUGGUAAUUGUAGUAAACAUUCCGCACAGGUACUGGAAAUAUUUUUGCUCACUAUCUCUUUAUAAAUGCAACUUCUUUUUAUAAAGUUGCGCAGGAAACUAGCAAACAUUUCUACGGAAUUGGAAACGUCGAUGCAUGCUUUCCAAAGGUGGACAAAUCAGGAAACAUUGUUUCCUAGCCAUGUUUCCCAAAGGUGGACACAUUGUUUCCUAGCCAUGUUUCCCAAAGGUGGACAAAUCAGGAAACAUUGUUUCCUAGCCAUGUUUCCCAAAGGUGGACAAAUCAGGAAACAUUGUUUCCUAGCCAUGUUUCCCAAAGGUGGACAAACCAGGAAACAUUGUUUCCUAUAGCCAUGUUUCCCAAACGUGGACAAACCAGGAAACAUUGUUUCCUAGCCAUGUUUCCCAAACGUGGACAAACCAGGAAACAUUGUUUCCUAGCCAUGUUUCCCGAAGGUGGGCAAACCAGGAAACAUUGUUUCCUAGCCAUGUUUCCCAAGGUAGACAAACCAGGAAACAUUGUUUCCUAGUCAUGUUUUCCCAAGGUAGACAAACCAGGAAACAUUGUUUCCUAGCCAUGUUUUCCCAAAGGUAGACAAACCAGGAAACAUUGUGUCUUAGCUAUGUUUCCCAAAGGUGGACAAACCAGGAAACAUUGUUUCCAAGCCAUGUUUCCCAAAGGUGGACAAACCAGGAAACAUUGUUUCUUAGCCAUGUUUCCCAAAGGUGGACAAACCAGGAAACAUUGUGUCUUAGCUAUGUUUCCCAAAGGUGGACAAACCAGGAAACAUUGUUUCCUAGCCAUGUUUCCCAAAGAUGGACAAACCAGGAAACAUUGUUUCCUAGCCAUGUUUCCCAAAGGUGGACAAACCAGGAAACAUUGUGUCUUAGCCAUGUUUCCCAAAGGUGGACAAACCAGGAAACAUUGUUUCCUAGCCAUGUUUCCCGAAGGUGGACAAAUCAGGAAACAUUGUUUCCAAGCCAUGUUUCCCAAAGGUGGGCAAACCAGGAAACAUUGUUUCCUAGCCAUGUUUGCCAAGGUGGGAAAAGUGAUCAUAUAUGGAAAGUCAUCCUCGAUGUAUUUUUGUAGGAAAAUGUUAUUCCAUACAACGGAACUCUUGGUGAUGAGUAUACUACAAACCAAAAAUCAGAUACAACACAGCAUGUCCAAGAUACCGAGUACUCUUAUGAUAUUUUAAGUAUUAUCGAUGAACAAUAUUGCAACGACCUAGUGGAACUCUCAAAAUAUGCGACAAUUUCACCUCUAAAGAAACCUUCCAUGGACAUACCUAGUCCUCCUGACAAACCUUUACCAAGAAAACUGUUUUAAAAAUGCUCCUUAUGUAGACUGGCUUAGUAGUUGUCAUUGUUGUGAUUAUGGGAAUAGAAAUCGUUUUGAAAAAAA